AUGGAUAAAGUGACAGGGACACCCCCAGGCAAGCCCCGCCCCCUGCUCGCCUCCUUGGCCCCGCCCUGGAACCAGCUGCAGUCUCGGCCUGGGCCAGGCGGUGACGCACGAGAGCCCGAAGGCAAGGGUUGCAACGCGCAUGCUCGUGCUUGCCCUUCUCCCAAUGGCGGCCGUCCGUCUCCUUUCCCGGCAAGCAACCCGCCCGCCUCCUCUGCCCCGCCCCUGGAGGGGCGCGUCAUUUCCGGUGGGGAAGGCCCGCCGCCGCCGCCGCCAUUUCGGGCGCUGCUGAGGAGCGGAGGCCGGAGCCGCAGCGGCCCGCGCCCGGCCUCCGCCGCCGCCGCCCCGCCGCUGCCCCUGCCGCCGGCUGCCGCGCAGCCUGGGCCCGGGCUGAACCCCUCCAGACUCCGAAUAGGAGAUCAAGAGUUUGAUUCAUUGCCUGCUUUACUGGAAUUCUACAAAAUACACUAUUUGGACACUACAACCUUGAUAGAACCUGUUCCCAGAUCCAGGCAGCACAGUGGAGUAAUUCUCAGGCCAGAAGAUGAGUAUGUGCGCGCUCUCUUUGACUUUAAUGGGAAUGAUGAAGAAGACCUUCCGUUUAAGAAAGGAGACAUCUUGAAAAUCCGAGAUAAACCUGAAGAGCAGUGGUGGAAUGCAGAGGACAUCGAAGGCAAGAGGGGAAUGAUACCAGUCCCUUACGUCGAGAAGUAUAGACCUGCCUCCGCCUCAGUAUCAGCUUUGAUUGGAGGUAACCAGGAUAAUUCCCACCCACAGCCACUGGGUGGGCCGGAGCCCGGGCCCUAUGCCCAGCCCAGCGUCAACACUCCGCUCCCUAACCUCCAGAAUGGGCCCAUUUAUGCCAGGGUUAUCCAGAAGCGAGUCCCUAAUGCCUACGACAAGACAGCCUUGGCUUUGGAGGUCGGUGAGCUGGUAAAGGUCACGAAGAUUAAUGUGAGUGGCCAGUGGGAAGGGGAGUGUAAUGGCAAACACGGGCACUUCCCAUUCACGCAUGUCCGCCUGCUGGAUCAACAGAAUCCUGACGAGGACUUCAGCUGAGUGUAGCUCAACAGUUUGGCUGACAGAUGGGAACAAUCUCAGUUUUUUUCCAACUGCCAUCUAUACAAUUUUCCUACCGAUGUCAAAAGCAGUAUAGUUUAUAUAUAAGCAUUCUGUUACCCAUGAUCUCCUGGGACUGAACUACUCCAUGCCUAACCUUGGUUCAAAAUAUUCAGGGUACGAAACUGGAUGGCUUCUGGGUCAACUUGUAAAAUCACUGAUCAUAGGUGGUAAUGGCUCUUUGUCAGGCAUACUGUUCCACGCUGCCUGCCUGCCUGCAUUGUUGUGUAAGGGAGAGAAAACAACAUCACACUGGGUAUAACUGAAUUUUGGGUUUUUUCCCCUAAACUGGUCAUCUAUUUUAAGUAGGUUCCUCCCUUACUCUCAGGCAAAGCAAAUCAACCUUAGGAAAAUUGAUGGACAGGCCACAGAUGCAGCACCAUUCAAGAAUCUGGAUUCCUAGAGAGAGCCGUGCCAAGUUCUUUCACCAUAUCUGUCCCAAAUUGAAUCGUUCUAUAUAUCCUAUCCUUACCUCUCCAGGCAUGGGGGACAGCCAAAGAAAAUGUCCAGAGAAGAGAGGUGGAAGAGAUGGAGGGUCUUGUUACUGGAAUAACUGGGAGGCUGGCAGCACUGGAUUAAAGAAUGCCUUUUUUUUUUUAACCCUUAUUUUCUCUCUUAGAAUCAAUACUAAGUAUCAAUUCCAAGGCAAAAGAGCA